GUUAGGAGCAGCGGUUACUGGUUUCUCAAUGAACUCACAAUGCCCUGCUACCUAUGCUGCAUUUCAUCAUCAGCUGGAAUACCUAUUAUGUGCAAGAAGAAAGGUGAUAUUGCAAAUCUGCCCUUCCCGAUCCAGGCGGCCCUGAAUGGCGCGUAUGUGUUCGGCAAGUCGUUUGACGUCAACCUGCUUAGUCUGGAGACAGCCAGCUGCCAGAUCACCUGGAAGGAGUUCCAGGACAGUGUGACGGUGAUCCUGAUCAGCGCGCGCUCCCGGGGCGGCACCGCCCACCUGGACCGGCUGCUCCGCCUGGUCUGGGACGCCAUGGUGCUCUGCGCCGGCACCGACGACCUCGUCAACAUCGCCAACGUCGAGAAGGUCAAGCGACAGCUGAAGGGCUGCUACCGGCUGGUGGACCGUCUGCUGGACGGCUUGGAGGAGGGGCUGGACACGUUCGGCGACCUGACGGGCCUGCCAGACGUCCUGCUUAUGCCCGGCUCCAGCAAAUUGCAGAUGGCUCUGGAGCUGGUGACGGAGUUCGCCGACUCUACGUACGGUUGCCUGAUGGUGCACGGCCGCCUGGCGGCGGCCACGCGCAACUGGCAGCAGCUGACGCCGCGCGAGCUGUGCCUGCUGGCGCUGUAUGUGCGGUCAGCGCGCGGCACUGCCGCCGCCCGCGACGUCUCUGUUUACCUGCCCGUCAAGAGCCCGCACGUGCCGUUCCGUCUGCUGGUGUGCCGGCUCUCGGAGAGCUCGGAGGUGUGCGUACUGUGCGGACCGACGCCGGCGCUGGACGAGCUGGAGCGCGAGACCGUGCGCCAGUGGGGGCCCGUGCUGGAGACGGUGCGCCAGCAGGAGGUGGCCCUGCCGCGCGGCUUCCCCACCGCCGUGCUGCUCGACCCAGCCGUGCACAGUUUCCUGUUGGAGAGCACCGGCUCGCAGCGGUGUUGCCCCUCGUCCAGCCCGCACUGGGGCACCUCGGAGCGGCACGUGACGGCGGCGGCGCCGGCCGACGCCCGGCUGCGCCAGCUGCGUGCCUUCUACCGGCAGACGUCCGGAGACCUGUGGUCGCCGGGAAUACCCGCUGGUCCGUGA